AUGGAGACAGACAACCAAACAAAAGUUUCAGAAUUUCUCCUGAUGGGCCUCUCAGAGGAGCUUGAAUUACAGUCUUUCCUUUUUGGACUCUUUCUCUUCAUGUACCUACUCACUGUUCUUGGAAACCUGCUCAUCAUCCUGGCCAUCAGCUCUGACUCCCACCUUCACAACCCUAUGUACUUCUUCCUGUCAAACCUGUCCUUUGUUGACAUCUGUUUCAUCACAACCACAGUUCCUAAGAUGCUGGUGAACAUUCAGACACAAAGGAAAGAUAUCUCCUACAUAGGAUGCCUUACUCAGGUAUACUUCUUUAUGGUUUUUGCUGGAUUGGACAAUUUGCUACUGACUGUGAUGGCCUAUGACCGGUUUGUGGCUAUCUGUCACCCCCUGCACUACACAGUCAUUAUGAACCCACGGUUUUGUGGCUUAUUGGUCCUGAUGGCAUGGGUCAUUAUUUUCUGGGCCUCCCUGCUUCAUAUUCUACUCAUGAUGCACUUGAACUUCUGUAUAGCCACUGAAAUUCCACAUUUCUUCUGUGAACUGGCUCAGAUGAUCAAAGUAGCUUGUUCUGAUACCUUCAUCAUUAACAUCAUCAUGUAUGUGAUGACUGCCCUGUUGGUUAUGUGUCCCCUCACUGGGAUAUUAUUCUCUUACUCUCAGAUUGUCUCCUCCUUAAUGAAAAUGUCCUCUGCUGGAGGCAAAUAUAAGGCAUUUUCCACCUGUGGGUCUCACCUCUCUGUGGUCUCCUUGUUCUAUGGGACAGGCCUUGGGGUCUAUCUCAGUUCUGCUGUGACUCAUUCUUCCCAGAGAAGCUCUAUUGCCUCAGUGAUGUACACUGUGGUCACACCCAUGCUGAACCCCUUCAUUUACAGCCUAAGAAACAAGGAUGUGAAGGGAGCCCUGGGGAGGCUCUUCAGUAAAGCAGCCUCUUGUCUGUGA